CUCUGAUCCAGAAACACUGACAGCCUGUGAGCGUCAGCGUGUGUGUGUGUGUGUGUGUGUGUGUGUGUGUGCGCAUGUCCUUGUGAGGGUAAAUCCAGGCCGAGCAGCUCGACUCAGACACACACGUAUACACGGUCUGCAGACAUGAACCACCUACUGAAAGUCCCCCUUGUGGCCGGACGAGCCUUCAGCAGCUCCGCUCGACAGAUGAGAAACAGAGUCGCUGAGGCCCAGAAACGUUUCCAGGAGGACAACGGACACCCUGUCCACCUGAAGGGAGGAACAUUUGAUCUGCUGAUGUACCGGGUCACCAUGACUCUGACCAUUGCAGGAACCUGCUACUCCCUCUACUCGCUGUGCACUGCAGCGAUGCCUCAGAAGAAGGUGUAGACAACGUGACUGUAACUCAGUUUAACACCAAUGUUUAUUCUAAAAUGGAUUCGUUUUUCUCUGAACACUGAACAUUUAAAAUGCGUUACUUUUAGAGAUUAACUGUUAAUCUCUUAACUCUUCAAAUAUUGUCAAUAAAAAUACGCUCAGAAUAAA